UUUCUGUAGACGGUGCAGCUUCCUUUGCUAAAGUCAGAGCGGUAGAGGGUUUUUCCUCCGGCUAACGGCACGCACCAUGGCGUCAACUGAAAUAGCAAGGCAAGCUGGUGAAGGAGUCCGUUCUGUGCCUCUGGCCGGCCAUGUUGGCUUUGACAGUAUGCCUGACCAGUUGGUCAACAAGUCUGUGAACCGUGGCUUCUGCUUCAACAUCCUCUGUGUUGGCGAGACAGGUCUUGGUAAGUCCACUCUGAUGGACACACUGUUCAACACCAAGUUUGAAGGUGAGCCCACCCAGCACAGCCAGCCUGGAGUCACACUGAAGUCCAACACCUACGAGCUGCAGGAGAGUAACGUACGCCUCAAACUGACUGUCGUCAACACAGUGGGCUUUGGAGACCAGAUUAAUAAGGAGGACAGCUACAAAUCCAUUGUGGAGUUCAUCGAUACCCAGUUUGAAGCUUACCUGCAGGAGGAGUUGAAAAUCAAGCGCACGCUACACAGCUACCACGACACUCGCAUCCACGCAUGCUUGUACUUCAUUGCUCCAACAGGACACUCGCUGAAGUCUCUGGACUUGGUGACGAUGAAAAAACUGGAUAGCAAGGUCAACAUCAUCCCAAUCGUUGCCAAGUCAGACGCCAUUUCUAAGAGCGAACUGGCCAAGUUCAAAAUCAAAAUCACCAGUGAGCUUGUCAGCAACGGAGUCCAGAUCUACCAGUUCCCCACUGAUGACGAGUCUGUGGCAGAAAUUAACUCCACCAUGAAUAGCCAUUUGCCCUUCGCUGUGGUGGGGAGCACUGAGGAAGUGAAGCUUGGGAAUAAGAUGGUGAAGGCCCGGCAGUACCCCUGGGGGACGGUGCAGGUGGAAAAUGAAAAUCACUGUGAUUUUGUCAAACUUCGUGAGAUGCUGAUUCGAGUGAACAUGGAGGACCUGCGAGAACAGACUCACACACGCCACUAUGAGCUCUACCGCCGCUGCAAGCUGGAAGAAAUGGGCUUUAAGGAUACAGACCCUGACAGCAAACCCUUCAGUCUGCAAGAGACAUAUGAGGCAAAGCGGAACGAGUUCAUGGGUGAGCUGCAGAAGAAGGAAGAGGAAAUGAGACAAAUGUUCGUCCAGCGGGUCAAAGAGAAGGAGGCCGAGCUCAAAGAAGCGGAGAAGGAGCUGCACGAUAAGUUUGACCGUUUGAAGAAGCUCCACCAGGAUGAGAAGAAGAAACUGGAGGAGAAGAAGAAGGGUCUAGAUGACGAGGUCAACACAUUCAAACAGAAAAAGACUGCAGCUGAACUUUUGCUGAACCAAGCCCAGCAGGCAGGGGGCGCCACCACGCUGAAGAGGGACAAAGAGAGGAAAAACUGAGGAUUCCUGUAGAAAAAAAAGUCCUCCCUUGUGGCAAUCCUGCUGUGAAUGAGCUCCUACCCCACUCAUCAUCUUUUAUAGCUUCUCCCUUCUCUCACCUCCACCUAAUUCCACCCUACACAUAUCUGCCUCCCACCGCAUUUUUUUGGUGAUGCUGGGCAUUGCAAAAAWAAAAAUAAAAAUAAAAAAAUUGUCGUAAAGUUUUUUUCUUCCUGAAUGAUGCUUGUUGUGUUUUGUGUUGUACAAGCAGCCAUUCAGUUUGAUUCCUUUUUUAAAUGCAAAUUUACAAAAUGCAUUCCAUAUUUAUGUGCUCAGCAUUUCUUUGCAUGAUGUGAGCUUUUUUAAAAAAAUACAUGACUACAGAUGUAAUGGGCAGAAAUGUGUUGAGGCUAAAGAGAAACAUGCAUCUUGAGACUUAAAAACUGAUGAGUACCUUUUUAGAAUUCUUUUUCUUUUUUUAAUAGUUGUCAUCCUAUAUUCCUGCAGGCUUGCAUAUGUAAUUUGAAUCUUUGCCUCAAAGUUGGAAUAGAUAUUUAAAAUAGGUCUCUUUUUUGAUGUAGUUUCCCUUUAGCCUGAUGCAUGAGUAGUUGCGAGCCUAAUCUUAUUGCCACUUCUCCCAUACCUCAUUCAUUGUCAUGUUUGAUGUGCAUACUUAUAUUAGCUUUUAUACUUGCACUUUGUUUUAUACACAAAUGUGAUGUUGUUUUUGUUAAGUAUAUUUCAAUGUCAGUGCAAUUGUAACUUUCUUUUUUUUUUGUAUUUUUAUACAAGGGCACAUUAAAAGUCAAAUAGUCCCGAUGUCCAUUGUUCUGACAGAGGCAGUCUUUGUUUUGUAUCCGUGUUWAGAAACCUUUUCUGAAGAAAAUAAAGGCCAAUUUUUCACCAAAUGAUAAAACUGGAGCAGCAAUCAUUGUGUAUGAUAAAAAGUGUUAUAAAUAUGUGGAUUUUUAAUGAAUUUCUGAACGAACUGCAGUGAUAAAUAGCAUUACUUUAAAUUAAUUUUUUGCCACUUUAAAYGUCAGGUUUGUUUUGUAAAAUCUGAGUCCACAGUUUUAGUGAAAUUAAAGCAGCAGAAGAGAUGCGACCUCCUCCCAGUCUACAGCUCACUGGUCUUGUGUGGUUUCACUUUCCUUUGCAGUAACCCGUGGCUCUGCACUGAAUAGGUCCUCAGCCCCCCCUCUCCCAAGCUUUGAWAAGGGAUCGGCCUCUGUGGGGUCUGUGGGCCUGAAAUGUGGAUCCCGUCCUGCAGGGUUUUUCAUUCAUUACCUGUUCUGUUAUAAUCUGUGCGUUUUUACGGCUGCUUUAACCUCAACCUGAGCGGUCAGUUUCUCCCACUCGUUGCUUUUGCCUGUGCACUGUUGGAUGUUGCUGUGACUAACACGUUUUUCCACUUUAAUUAGCAGAAACGACACAAGACGUGUUAAAUUAUUGACUUAGUUUAAUAUAUAAGUGUUCAUAUGCAUCAAAGUUAUUAAUUUCUCUUUUUCUCACCAAUUUGAUUGUACUGUUUGGGACUUUUUCAAGUAGACAUAUUCUCAUAUAUUUGACUUUAUUUUGAAAUUUUACUMUAAUAGUUUUGUAUAUGAUGAUCAAAACAUAAGCUUUUCCCUUCUUCAGAAUCCCUUUUGCACCUCUGGUGGUUUGGCCACUUCUCUAACUCUUGGCUUUGUUUCUCUUUGUCUCUUUAGCUUCUUUUAAUCUGUCUUUGACCACCUGAAGAGGGGAUUGCAGCUUCAGCAAGAACUAAGAACCCUUUACCUCUGCCUGUUUUUUAUUUUAAUUUUUUUUCCUCGUAUCAACCUUUUAUUCUCUUCAUUGCAUCUCCUUUUGUUGAGUAUGGCCUUAUGUGGACUUGCAUGGUAUUUCUGACCACCUGAUGAAGCUCUUAAACCUGGGCAGGUGGGGAACCAGGUACACAACAAAACCUGCAAUUAUGUCUUAAUGUACAGAGAGAGAUUUCAGGAGGGGUUCAUACAAUUUUAGGACUCACGGGUAAAACAUUUUUUUAUUGUAUUAACAUGACCUGCACUAUAUAUAGAUUUAUAUGCACUCAAAAAGGAAAAAGAAAUGAAGGUUUACUUUUAAAACAAAUUGAGGAUAGAAAACUUAAUUAAUCUAAUUCAAUAUUAAAUUAUUUGGCUUUUAUGUUCAUUUUGUGCUCAUCUAAAUAAAAUGAUUGAAAAAGCCAAAGCAUUUGGUUCCCAUGUUUACACGCCACUGUUAAAUACCAUGAAGGUCACAUAUGUCAGGGGCUUUUAUUACACGUGCUUUAAUAUUCACCAGCCUAAUAUACACUGCAUGCUUUUUAAAUUUGAUUUGAUUACUGCUGUGAUCUAUUACCUUCCUUUUUUUUACUCCUUAAACAACUCAGCUUUUUCGGUCUUACUUUCAUUGCUAUUUUCUUAUAAAAUGGUGCAUUUAUUUAUUGUAAAACUUGCUCUGUCCUAUGAUUUAAGCUCCAACUUUGCCAAAUGUUAGUAUGAGAUAUUGUUGAACAGAAUCCCAGAUAAGAGUAUUAAAAUACUCGUGCAUUUAUAUAAUUUAUAAGGAUAUAUUUUGUGUAUUGAAGUGGAGAUUUGUUGUUUAUUCCCUAUGAUGUUUGGAUGUGAUUCUGAGUGUAAAGUGACAUUUUGGUGUCAAGAUUUGCCGUACAUUUUUCUAGCAUCAGUCAUCUCCUCUUGUAUUCAGAACCAUUUCAACACUACGAAUUAUUCCGUAUUCUUUUGUUGGCUUUCAUUGAUGUACAUUUUGAAUAAAAAAUAACCUCAAUUUAUUAA